AUGAAAUUUCCUGCAGCAUCCAUCUCAUAUUGCCGCAACUGCGAACGCAUCCUCUCGCCCCCAACGACAUGGGCUAUUGUCCGUCCCGAGUCGCAAGAGCUCCUCGCGAUCUGCCUCCGCAAGCUCAAGGGCCUGAACAAGGUCCGGCUCACCGAGGCGCACUUCAUCUGGACGGAGCCCCACUCAAAACGACUCCGCGUCUCGCUCACCAUCCAAAAGGAGGUCCUCACCUCCACCAUCCUCGAGCAAGUCUUCGAGAUCGAGUACCUCGUCCAGCAUGGCCAGUGCCCCGACUGCACCAAGCUCGCCGCGAAGAACACCUGGAAGGCGCUCGUGCAGGUCCGCCAGAAGGUCCCGCACAAGCGCACCUUCCUGUUCCUCGAGCAGCUCAUCUUGAAGCAUGGCGCGCAGAAAGACACCAUCUCCGUCAAGGAGGUGCGCGACGGAAUCGACUUUUUCUACAGCCAGCGCAGCCAUGCGAUCAAGAUGGUCGAGUUCCUCGGCGGCGUGGUGCCCGUACGGUGA